UUCAGCUUGUGUUAUAAUUCCCAGGCCUGGCAGUAUGACCCCGAGGAGUUGGUUUAACAACUACCUGGCUUGGAGAACUUCAGCUGAGACCUUUGAGCGUGAGCAGUAACCAGGAACUUUUACAGCUCCCUGCUCAGAGCUAGCCAUGGCAAGGGCUCCUGUCUGCAUAUACCACUUCCUUGUUCUGAACUGGUAUAUAUUCCUCAAUUAUUGCAUUUCCCAAUUAAAAAUGAAUCCACGGGCUGCCCAAAUCUUCCAACAUGGUGGACAGUGGAAGUACCUGACAUUAAUUAACCUGGUCUUACAGGCCAUUUUCCAUGGGGCCGCCUGCCUGGACGACGUGCUGAAAGGAAUAACAAGGAAAAAGGACAUCAAGUUCAUAACUGCUUUCAGAAACCUGCUUUUCACCUGCAUCGCUUUUCCUAUAUCCACAUAUGUCUGUGUGGCGUUCUGGGCACUCUUUCUGUACGACCGAGAGCUUAUUUACCCCAAGGGCCUAGAGGAGAUCAUUUCAGAGUGGUUGAAUCAUGCAAUGCACACGUUGAUUUUGCCCCUGUCAGUGGCUGAGUUCUUCCUCCAACCAUAUCACUAUCCAUCAAUGAAGAAAGCCUUCACCCUGAUAGCUGCCUUUGACCUUGCUUAUAUGUUCAGGAUCCUUUGGGUCUACCACAAGACUGGAACGUGGGUGUAUCCUGUGCUUGCCAAAUUAAGCCCAGCAGGUAUACUAGCUCUCUUCUUUCUCAGCACCAUCGUUACCAUCACUAUUUACCAACUUGGAAAGAAGCUCAACCACAGGACAUGGGGUGUCAUGGCACAGCCAGGGAAGCAGAAGCAGAAGUGAUUGCAUGUUGUUUUCCAAGACCAAAGAAGAAGAAAUCAGCAGAGUUCACCUUCAUAGUUGUGUUUUGUUUUUACUAGUAAGGGGAGGUGGUGGCAAGGCAUAGAAAAGUAAAAGGGAUAGGAAGUUAUAUAAAAGUUUAAUAAGUGGGUUAUGAAGGUAGAUGGAUUUGAGGGUUCUUGUGUUUUUACAUGCUCCCAGGACACUCUGAAAACAUCUCCCGACAACCCAGAAUAUAUUACCAAUCCUCAGAAUGUACUGGAGAUUGUCUGUGGCCAAAAUCUGGUCAAAGGCCAAAGAGCUCACAUAAAGUCAGGGUUAGAGACAUUUCCAGGAAAAGGGAACUUGGAAUCAUCCACAUUGUUCACCUAACAGAGGUAGAGACCAAGGCUCCCUUCUAGAUAAGAUGCUAUUUGCAUGAGAACAAAGCACUAACCCCCACCCAGUGCCGUAAUCUCCUCCCUGGGGGAGGGAAAGCCAGUAUGUUGGUAAAUUAGCUGGAAUCCCCGCCCCCCCAAUGGAUUGAUCAUUCUAUUUUUCUGCUAGAUCUAGGUAGAAAUAUAGGGAGGAAUGUGCCCCUUACUGGUGUUGCCAAUCUUACUGGGAAGAUUGCAACUUGACUGGGGCAUGUGAAAAUAGUUGCCAACCACAUUGAGAAUGACGUCCCCCUUAUGAGCCUUAUUAGCCCCUUUUGGGCUAAGUGUACACACGGCAUUAUCCAAAUUUUCUCCAUAUGAACCAAGAUUCUUCACCAAAUGAGUGCUAUGCUUUAUGCUCAGGAUGCCUCGGGGUCGGAGGUGCUAUAAUAUAUGAUUAUAGCAUAGGAUUCUAGCUACAAGAUUAGACAACUGAACGACACAGAACUGGGUUGAGCUAGCUGUGGGCUUACAAAGCUGAUUGUCGUAUUUGAUUACCAAGCACAUUCAGGAGCUCUCCUUUCCAUGUUCCUGGGCCCUGGUUUAUAAGCUCAGCUUUUGAAGAACACAAAUGUCAAACAUUUAAUGGGAAAUAAACAUGCUCUACUCUA